GUGGCUUUCCGAGGAGGAGGAGGCGGGCUCGCGCACAGAAAGUCCUGCCAACUCGCGGCGAGGCGGUGUAGCCCAAUGGACGCGCAUGACGUGAGCGCGCACUAAAACCUGACACUCGCCAGCUGUUCGGGCUCCUCCUCGCCCCCCUUCCCCCUCUCUCCUCCCUUCCCCCGCGGCGUCGGCGGCUGCUGCCGCCCCAGUGCAUUGUGGGCGCAGUCCGUUGUUCAUUUGCCAUUCGACCUGGGCCAAGGCCUGUUGGGGCGGAAGGACUGCUGUUGCUGGCUGAGUCGGAUCCAUUGUGGGAGAGAGCUUGAGGACAAGGCAGCGACAGCGACACAGGCUAGAGCACUUGGAUCAGAUUUCCCUCUGUUUCCUCCUCCCCACACAAUUUCUUUAAAGAAUUUUUUUUCGGAAAGGCUGGCAGAGUGACUAGAACCUAACCGGGACGGUGGGUGGGUUGGUCCUCUCUGCCUCCGCCUUUAGCAGUCACAGCGCUCAGUUAGGAGGGGGAAGGGGGGCAGUUGAGCGCGAGGCAGAAAGGGGGCAGCGCGAGGGAGGGAGGGAGGGAGCCAGGCGGGCGGGGGGCGCGCUCGCGCUCGCCCGCCAUGUUCGCCGAGAUGAACCGCAGGACCUUGGCGUUCCGGGGGGGUGGCCUGGUCAGCGCCACCGCCGCAGUUGGGGGAGGAGGAGGAGGCCCGACAGCUAACGGCAACAGCGGGGGCGGCGGUGCGAGCGAGGCCUGGGUCCGUCAGGAGGCCGAGCAGCUGAACGGCCAGGGGGUGGAGGAGGAAGUAGAGCUGGAGACCGUGGAGCUCGAGCUGGAAGCCACGGACGCUGGCGGGAAGGAGCUCUUGCUCUUGCCGACCACCCCUCCGGACUCGGCAGGCGCCGCUGCCCCCCCAGUUGGCCCUAUGUUCGCCGAAAGAAACCGUCGGACUUUGGCCUUCCGCGGGGGCGGCUCGGGGGCGGCGACGGCAGCGAACAAUGGCUGCGAGGUGGCGGGGGCGGCCUGGUCGCGGCGGCCGUUGAACGGCCGGGGGGGCGGUGGCGAAGAGGAGGAGCUGGAGCUGGAGGGCUUGCUGGAGGGGAAGGAGCUGGUGCAGGACGGGGGGUCGCUGAGCGACAGCAGUGAAGACGAAGAGGACGGCGAGGGGGGCAGCCUGGGCGAUGGCAGCGGCGCCGAGGGGGGCAGCUGCAGCAGCAGUAGGAGGUCCGGGGUGGACGAGGCGGAGGUCAGCAGCGUAGGCGCGGGGGAGGGGGAAAGCAUCCAACACUUCCCGCUGGCGGCCCGGCCCAAAUCCCUCCUGCAGAAGCUGCACGUCUCCUUCCAGAGUGCCUGGCUCAAGGAGUUCCCAUGGCUGCAAUAUUGCCAACAGACAGGGCUCGUGUCAUGCGCAUGGUGCGCCGCCGCUUCUACAAACAUCUCCGUAGAUGGUGGCAGCAGCAACAACAGCGGUGGCGGCGGAGGGCACGACGAGCUCUGCAAGGGCACUCGCAACUGCAAACGCGCCCUACUUCUCAGGCAUCAUAUCUCGACCGAGCAUCGUCUCAACGAACCUGUCACUGCUGAUCAGGAAUCAGAAAUAACAUCGGAAUUGGUUAAUGAGAGAGAUUGUGAUUACAACAUUAGGCCGAAUGAGAACUCUUACUGCUAUCAACUUUUACAAGAAUUAAAUGAACAGAGAAAAAAGGGCAUUCUUUGUGAUGUCAAUAUUGUGGUGAGUGGAAGGGUCUUCAGAGCUCACAAAAACAUCUUGGUUGCAGGCAGCCGUUUCUUCAAAACUCUAUAUUGCUUUACAAACAAAGAAAGCCGUAACCAAACCACUGUUACCUACUUAGAUGUUGUUGCUGUUCAAGGCUUCUCUGUCAUCUUGGACUUCCUGUAUUCCGGCAACCUUGUGCUUACAAGCCAGAAUGCAAUUGAAGUAAUGUCAGUGGCCAGCUACCUUCAAAUGACAGAAGUUGUCCAGUCCUGUCGCAAUUUUAUCAAAGAUGCCUUAAACAUAAGCAUAAAAUCAGAAGCCCCAGAAGCUGUCGUUGUGGAUUACAAUAGAAGGUCCGUUAGUAGGGAUGGAUUGUCUUCAAGGGAUCAGAAAGUUGCUAGUUUUUGGGCCACACGAAAUCUUACUAACUUGGCAAGCAGUAUAAAAACGGAAAAUGAUGGCUACUGCAUAGAUGAGAGCCAAUCUGAAAAUUACCAAAUGAACGAUUGGGUCCAGGACAGUUCACCUGAAAUGGCUGAAAAUGAGUCUCAAGGGGAGGGAAAGGUUUUUGUAUGGAAUGAUAUGAGCUCUCAGGGACAAUCACUUCAAGAACCUGGAAAAGCAAGAAGGAAAAACCAAACUGCAAAAAGAUUUGUUUACAAUAUACCACCCAAUAAUGAAGAAACGUUAGAAGAAUGUGCAACUACUCAAACAUCAGUCCAGUACCCAGAAGAAGACUUGCAGUUUAUUAAAGAAGCAGGUACCUCAAAUGAUUUCAAGUUUGGAAUGUUUCCUGGUAUUUCAAGUGACUUCAAGUUUGGACUGUUGCCAGGUACUUCAAAUGAUUUCAAGUAUGGAUUGUUGCCUGAAUCCUGGCCAAAAGAAACCUGGGAAAAUGGUGAUUCUUCUUUAAUCAUGAACAAACUGAAGUGUCCACACUGUAACUACGUAGCCAAAUACAGAAGAACACUAAAGAGACAUUUGCUCAUUCAUACAGGAGUGAGAUCUUUUAGCUGUGACAUUUGUGGAAAGCUGUUUACUCGUAGAGAACAUGUAAAGAGGCAUUCCUUGGUUCAUAAAAAGGAUAAAAAGUACAAAUGUAUGGUGUGUAAGAAGAUUUUCAUGCUAGCAGCCAGUGUUGGAAUAAGACAUGGAUCUCGACGUUACGGUGUUUGUGUUGACUGUGCGGAUAAAUCUCAACCAGGAGGGCAAGAGGGAGUAGACCAGGUACAGGACACAGAUUUUCCCAGAGAUGAGGAGUUUGAAGAAAACGAAGUGGGGGAAGCUGAUGAAGAGCUGCCCGAUGAUGUAGAAGAACAGAAUGACCAGACUCGAUGGGAUGAAUCUGGGGAAGUCUGUGUGCCUUUAGAAGACUGAGGCGGCUUGAUCUUCUUAAAUGCUCUAUUUGGACAUCAUAUGGAUUGACCAUGUUGAGUUUUUGACUGAAGGCUUGGAAAAUAUGGUACAGGCUGGAUGGAAGUUAUGUUGCUGUGAAAAUUGUAGGGUCAAAGCCUUAUAGCAAAAAAGGAUUAUUAAUUUUUUUAAAUAUUUGCACAGGACUGUAAAGCAUACAGCUAUUUGGUUGAAUCAUAGAGUCCUCACAUCUACAGUCAAUUAUCAAAAGAAAUGUAUUUUUUAUUAUUUAUAGGAUAUAGCUAUUUGGGUCCUAAUCAAGCAUAGUAAUAACUGUGCUUGUGUUACACAUUCGUGUGUCCUUUAACACGAAUGAAGCAAAUUGCAAUCUUUGGAGUAGGCUCCUUUGAGAUUCCAAUCAUAGUGUAUGAACAAAAUGUGGCUAAUUUGGGCUAGUGGCUCAUGUUUCCUAAAAGGGUUUUUUCCAUAUCUCCCUUGCCUUCCCUUCAAUGGUUUAAAUAUCAGCAUCUUGAUGACAGUUUUGUCAGGAUGUGGUUUAGCUGACAAGUCCUGGAGAAUUUAAUCAUUGUUAAUUUACUGACUUCCUGGUUUUUGAUAUCUUGAGUUUGCAAAAAGCUACUACUUUUUCACCAAAAAUACAAUAAUGAUUUAAAACUACAAGGAGGAUUGUGAUUGGAAUGAAAUAAUUUUCUCCUUGUCACUUAAAUAACUUUAUAUUUAGACACUUUCUGGCAUGGCUGCCCAUGUUUUAAUUUAUGUUUUCUUAGCACUAUUCCUAUUGGCUAUCAUUUUUAUUCACUACUGUAUACCUCAGUCCAUCACAAAGCUUAAAGAGUCCUAGAAUCUGAGGAGUGUCAUAGAUUUUUGUUUUGUUUAAAUAAUUCAACCCAAUUUGUCUGCUUUUGUCUAGUUUUAUCAUGUGGAAAAUUAGACAUGAGGCUGUCUUUUUUUUGUGCCCCAUUGCUCUUCAUUAAAGUGAACACAAAAUGAA